AUGAAUGACUUUCAAUAGACACUAGAGGAAAAUCAAAAUUUAGCAGAGAAUUUGUAAAUCUAGUAAAAUAUUGUCAUAAUUCAAUAACUUAGAGAAGGUAUUUAGAUAUUUUAUAUAGAAAUAAAAUAGCAAGAGGAGAAUUUUAUUAUAAACAAUCAAAUACUAUAAGAUCAAGAAAUGCACAAUAAAAAAAUCCUAAUGGCAAUAAUAAUUAUUUUAUUAAUAACAAAUAUUUUGUUGUUAUUAUAUAAACUAAAAAGUCAUUGA